GCGUUAAACAAAGGGCUGGAGUUGAGCAGAAUGAGGGGACGUGGCGCGGGGAACCCAAGGAGUUCCAGAUCGCCGGCGGGCGGUACCUGGGAGGUGCUGCUGGCCGGGCCCCCGGUAAAGUUAGAAUCGUGGAAUGCCGGAAUGGCCAUCGAGUUCUAGCCUGGCCUUUGACACUUCCAGGGAUCCAGGGGCAGCCACAGCUUCUCUGUGCCAAGGCCUCAGCACCCUCACAGAGGAGAAUUUCCUGCCAGUGUUCAAUGGGGUGUCCUGGUCCCUCGCUGCCAUGGCCAUGCAGAUGCAGCUCGAGGCCAGUGCAGACACGUCAGCAGAGGAGGAGAGCUUUGGGCCGCAGCUCAUAUCCAGGUUGGAGCAAUGUGGCAUAAAUGCCAAUGAUGUGAAGAAGCUGGAAGAAGCUGGAUUUCACACAGUGGAGGCUGUGGCUUAUGCACCAAAGAAGGAGCUGCUGAACAUUAAAGGCAUCAGCGAAGCCAAAGCUGACAAAAUCUUGGCUGAGGCAGCCAAACUGGUUCCCAUGGGCUUCACCACAGCCACAGAAUUCCACCAGCGACGGUCAGAGAUCAUCCAGAUCACCACUGGCUCCAAAGAGCUGGAUAAGCUGCUUCAAGGAGGAAUAGAAACAGGGUCCAUAACAGAAUUGUUCGGGGAAUUCCGUACUGGGAAGACGCAGCUGUGUCACACCCUGGCAGUCACCUGUCAGCUCCCCAUAGACCGCGGGGGCGGCGAGGGAAAAGCCAUGUACAUCGACACGGAGGGGACCUUCCGUCCAGAGCGGCUCCUGGCUGUGGCUGAAAGGUAUGGCCUGUCUGGCAGUGAUGUCCUGGACAACGUGGCCUAUGCCCGGGGCUUUAACACCGACCACCAGACCCAGCUGCUGUACCAGGCCUCGGCCAUGAUGGCUGAGUCACGGUACGCGCUGCUGAUCGUGGACAGUGCCACGGCCCUGUACCGCACGGAUUACUCGGGAAGGGGGGAGCUCUCCGCCAGGCAGAUGCACCUGGCCAGGUUCCUGCGGAUGCUGCUGCGCCUGGCAGAUGAGUUCGGUGUGGCCGUUGUCAUCACAAACCAGGUGGUGGCACAGGUAGAUGGAGCUGCCAUGUUUGCUGCAGAUCCCAAAAAACCCAUCGGAGGCAAUAUCAUCGCUCAUGCUUCCACCACCAGGCUGUACCUGCGGAAAGGCCGAGGUGAGACCAGGAUCUGUAAAAUCUAUGACUCUCCGUGUCUUCCCGAGGCUGAAGCCAUGUUUGCUAUCAAUGCUGACGGAGUGGGAGAUGCUAAAGACUGAAAGCUCCUUUUCUUCCCCUGAAGCCCAAGACUCUGUGCCCAUAAGAAGCUCCUUUCUUGGUGGCACCUUAGGGAUACUUCCCAAGGCAGCGGGCAGAGGAAGCUGUGGUGUGUCAGCGUGGGAACCGUCGGGACACACCGAGCACAGCCAGAGCUGUUGGGAAGAGAUUCCCUCUGGGCUGCAGGCACAGAUUAGGUCAGUGGCUUCCUCAGCAACAUUCCCAGAGGACCAUACCCUGCGUAUUUUCCUGGAUCCCACCGUGGACACGGUGCAGCAGAACCUCGGUGGCCGCAGUUGGGAACUUGGUGAAUUGGAAGCAAAGCUGAAGGAUUUGUCCCCUAAGAGGAGUGGUGAUUUAUAAACCAAAGCAGAGUGCUAUUCCACACGAGGGAUCUGGGAUUGCUGAUGGUCCCAAUCCAUAAUCUUUCUGUUCAUUUUCUUUUGGAUGCUGCAGCCUGCUGGCUUAGGGGAGCUGUUCCUUUACAUUUCAGUUUAAUUUUCUGUAGUUCGUUAAUACUCUCUGGAAAUCUGCUUUAAAUAAAAAGGCCCCUGAGGACAUUGA